AAAUGUUAUAAGCAGAGCAAGUUCAAGAUAGAAAGAAAGAGGUGUGAGCAGUGAAGGAGAAUAAUAAUGGAGCUAACAAGUCUUGCGAUGUUUGUGAUCUGUUCCAUAUCAUUAUUAGUGCUAUCAGCUGUGUGGUUGCUUUACAAAAGCCCUUCACCAAAAGAAAUGGAAGACAUACCAGGCAGCCUUGGUUGGCCUCUUGUGGGUGAGAGUUUCUCUUUUAUCUCUGACUUCUCCAGUCCUUCUGGUAUCUUCAACUUCAUGAACACCAGGCAGCAGAGAUUUGGAAAGGUGUUCAAGAGCUUUGUGCUUGGGAGGUUCACUGUCUUCAUGACUGGGAGAGAAGCAAGCAAGAUAUUGCUGACUGGGAAGGAUGGCAUUGUGAGCUUGAACCUGUUCUACACAGGCCAGCAAGUUCUGGGCCCCACCAGCUUGCUUCAAACCACAGGAGAGGCACAUAAAAGGCUUAGAAGGCUGAUUGCUGAACCAUUAUCAGUGUAUGGUCUGAAAAAGUAUUUUCAUUUCAUCAAUACUCAAGCAAUGACAACAUUAGAUCAAUGGUCUGGAAGAAAAGUUCUGGUUCUUGAAGAGGUUUCUACAUUUACGCUGAAAGUGAUUGGACACAUGAUCAUGAGCUUAGAGCCUACGGGGGAAGAGCAAGAAAAAUUUCGUGCCAAUUUCAAGCUAAUUUCAUCAUCAUUUGCAUCUUUGCCUUUCAAGAUUCCAGGAACAGCUUUCCAUCGUGGUAUCAAGGCCCGGGAUAGGAUGUAUGCCAUGUUGGAUUCCACAAUUUCCAUGAGGAGAAGUGGUGAAGAGUUUCAACAGGAUUUCUUAGAGUCCCUGAUUAUGAAGCACACCAAAGUGGCAGAAGCAGAUGAAGAAGACAAUGAAAAUAAACUUACUGAUAAGCAACUGAAAGACAAUAUAUUAACUUUACUGGUUGCAGGCCACGACACUACAACUGCUGCUCUCACUUGGCUCAUCAAAUUUCUUGAAGAAAAUCUUGCAGUUUUGGAACAACUAAGAGAGGAACACAUGCAGAUUAUAGCAAACAGAAAGGAUGGUACAGAUCUGACAUGGUUUGAAGUGAAUAACAUGCCUUACACAGCCAAAGUUAUUAGUGAAACAUUGAGAAGAGCCACAAUUCUGCCUUGGUUCUCUAGAAAAGCUUCCCAGGAUUUUGAAAUUGAUGGAUAUAAAAUUAAGAAAGGUUGGUCUUUGAACCUAGAUGUUGUGUCCAUACACCAUGACCCAGAAGUUUUCCCAGAUCCUCAGAAGUUCGAUCCUUCAAGAUUUGAUGCACCCUUAAAGCCUUUCAGCUUUCUUGGAUUUGGUAGUGGACCACGCAUGUGCCCUGGAAUGAAUCUGGCCAAGCUUGAAAUUUGUGUUUUCAUUCAUCAGCUGGUCAUCAGAUACAAGUGGAAGCCUCUGGAGAAAGAUGAUUCUGUGCAGCCGACACUUGUACGGAUGCCGAAGAACAAGUACCCUGUUAUGGUUCAGCCAUUGUAAGAAGUGCCUCAAGAACUACAAAAUCAGAAAGAACAGAACAAGCCCCACGAGCAACAAUCCCAUUUAUUUUGCAGCAUUCCAAUAUAAAUAUAGUUAUAUAGAUAUCUUCAUAAAAGUGGAUCACCACCAUUAGACGUGUGGAAAUGCAGUAGUAACCGUACCAGUGCAUUAUGCAUUACCAUAACGAUAGUCUUAUCCAAGGAAAAAUCAUGAUAAUUACAUCGAGUGUCAUAAUCUUGAGUUACUAUUUUUCUUUGAAUUCUCAAUU